CGGAAACGACUUUUAUACUAAAUGUGUCGCGUGUGAGUGGCGCCUCAGACUCAGACUCCCAAGGCCUCAGACUCGCAGUCAUGGCUGGUAAAAGAGCUCUAGUGAUCCUGGCGAAGGGCGCGGAGGAGAUGGAGACGGUGAUCCCGGUGGAUGUCAUGCGCAGAGCGGGGAUUGCUGUUACAGUGGCAGGUCUGGCGGGUAAAGAGCCGGUGCAGUGCAGCCGUGAUGUCAUGAUAUGUCCAGACUCAAGCCUAGAGGACGCCCGCAAACAGGGUCCGUAUGAUGUGGUACUUCUGCCUGGAGGUUUGCUUGGAGCUCAAAACCUUUCUGAGUCUCCCGCUGUGAAAGAGGUGUUGAAGGACCAGGAGGGCAGGAAGGGUCUGAUCGCUGCAAUCUGUGCAGGCCCGACUGCACUCUUGGCACACGGUAUCGCAUAUGGCAGCACAGUUACCACCCAUCCAGGUGCCAAGGACAAGAUGAUGGCCGGUGACCAUUAUAAAUAUUCAGAGGCUCGUGUUCAGAAGGAUAGUAACGUGAUCACCAGCAGAGGGCCAGGAACCAGCUUUGAGUUUGCCUUGACUAUAGUGGAAGAGCUCAUGGGUGCAGAGGUUGCUGCCCAAGUCAAAGCCCCCCUCAUCCUGAAAGACUGAUCAUCAAACUGUGAAGAUCUCACAUUUACAAUUGUACUGCUAUGCUGAAAAAGAAGACAAUAUAAUCUAAAAGGGAGUUGAAUUUAAUUGGUUUAGAGGUUUCCUGGCAUGUUAUUUUUUUGUUUUGUUUUUUUAUGUGUAGGAAUAUGACUAUUUAAUUAAGUUACUUAUUUGAAGAAAGUUGCUGCAAACUGGCAGUCGAAAAUCUAAAUUGCUUUUUAUGGCUUUCUGUGAGGUCUGGUUCUCUUGCUCUGCACUUAAUCACUUCUGAAUCAGAAUAAAGUCAUGGUGCACUAAA